AUGAAGCAGUGGAAGAAGAACUUUGGGCUGGCGCAGCGCGCGAUGACGCUGCCGCCGGACACAGCAGGCAUCGACACGCGGGAAGAGUUAGCAGCACGGCGAAAAUGCGGGAAGGAUGGUCAAGAAGACGCCGGAAGGGGAGAGUCAGAAGGUUGCCCUACGUGGUGGCCGGGAAGAUCAUCCACCCGAGUAUGGUGGUGUCCAGCACCCAACGAAGGAAGGAAGAGAGCGGCGCAGCGCGAUGAUGAAGAAGAAAUCAGGGAGGAGAUCGACCUGACGCAAGCGGAUAGCGACGACAAGGAACCAGCCAACGGAACGCGGGACUAG